AUGAACGCCGAAAGGUUUUCGAAAUUCUACGGAGGAGCACCCGAAUUCUUUAUCCCCGGACGAACGUUUCCCGUCGAUAUACAAUUCUCACGUUCACCGUGCGAGGACUAUGUUGACAGCGCCGUAAAGCAGGUACUUGCGAUCCACGUAUCGCAAGGUGCUGGGGACAUUCUUGUAUUCAUGACCGGUCAAGAAGAUAUCGAGAUUACAUGCGAGCUGGUCGCGGAGCGAUUGAAGCUCCUGAACGAUCCACCAAAGCUCAGUAUCCUUCCGAUAUAUAGCCAAAUGCCGGCGGAUUUGCAAGCGAAGAUUUUCGAACGUGCGGCUCCCGGCGUUCGAAAAGUCAUCGUAGCCACCAAUAUCGCCGAGACGAGCUUGACGGUUGAUGGAAUCAUGUACGUUGUGGAUGCCGGCUUCUCAAAGCUCAAAGUCUAUAAUCCUCGCAUGGGAAUGGACACUCUACAGAUCACCCCAAUAUCACAGGCAAACGCUUCCCAAAGAGCUGGACGUGCUGGUAGAACAGGACCUGGAAAGUGCUUUCAUUUGUAUACUGAAAGGGCUUUCCGAGACGAGUUCUAUAUUCAGACAAUACCCGAGAUUCAAAGGACCAACCUCGCCAAUACUGUCCUCCUUCUCAAGUCACUCGGGGUGAAGGACCUGCUUGACUUCGACUUCAUGGAUCCCCCACCGCAAGACACGAUCACAACUUCGCUGUUUGAUUUAUGGGCCCUCGGCGCUCUCGACAAUAUAGGCGAUCUCACGCCUCUGGGAAAGACCAUGACCGCAUUCCCCAUGGAUCCCUCAUUAGCCAAACUCAUCAUCACUUCUGAGGAUUACGGAUGCAGUGAGGAAAUGCUUACCAUAGUAUCGAUGCUGUCGGUGCCUAGUGUCUUCUAUCGUCCAAAAGAACGACAAGAGGAGUCUGAUGCGGCGCGGGAAAAAUUCUUCGUCCCAGAAUCAGAUCAUCUGACCCUUCUGCAUGUGUACACACAAUGGAAGAUCAACGGUUAUUCCGACGGCUGGUGCAUCAAGCAUUUUCUCCAUCCGAAAGCUCUGCGCCGAGCGAAAGAGAUUCGAGACCAACUCCAGGAUAUCAUGAAGAUGCAUAAGAUGCAGUUUACAAGCUGCGGCACAGACUGGGAUGUCAUUCGAAAAUGCAUUUGCUCAGGGUAUUACCACCAGGCCGCAAAGGUGAAGGGCAUUGGUGAAUACAUCAAUUUACGCACGAGUGUAACGAUACAGUUACACCCUACUAGCGCCCUAUAUGGGCUCGGCUACCUACCCGACUACGUGAUAUAUCACGAGCUCAUCCUGACCUCCAAAGAGUACAUGUCCUGCGUCACAUCAGUUGACCCGCACUGGCUAGCAGACUUGGGCGCUGUCUUCUACUCUGUCAAGGAGAAGGGCUAUUCGGCUCGUGAUAAGAGGGUCACAGAGAUAGAAUUCAAUCGCAAGGCCGAGUUAGAGGCCCAGCUAGAGACGCAAAUCAAUCCGCCAGCCCAAGAUCAGCAAGCGCCUCGCAAUCCCUAG